AUGGAUUUACCUGUUCCAUCAUCAUCAAACUUGCACCGUUCUCAUUCUGAUCGUGAUCUUAUAACAACUGAACGUCGUGCAAGUCGACCUCGUUUAGCAAGUUCAUCAUCAUCAUCAUCAAAUAUUCCAAUACAAAUAACAGCUACAUCAUCAGUACCUUCAAAUACUUCAGUACCAGCAUCGCCACUUUUAUUACCAUGGGAUCGUUUACAAAAAUGGUUAUAUGGCAUUGCUGUUGUUACGUUUGAUCUUGAAUUAGGACAAUCCAUUGAACUUCUUAUACCAAAUCAUUGUAAAUUAUCAGAUAAAGAAAAAUUAAAUCUAUCUUAUUUAUCAUUUCCCGAUGCUAAUUCAACAUUUCUUGGUGAUAUACAAUAUCAUUUUCGUAUCAGUCACGAAUCAAGUUUACCAACGUAUUACCAAUAUUAUAAUUCUAUUGUUCCACCAGCUCUACAAGUUGAUAGUAAUUCACUAUUUGGUUAUGUACAUUUCCGUCAAAUACGUGAUAAAACAGUGAAACGUGGUUACUUUCAAAAAUCACUUGUACUUCUAUCUAAACUCCCAUUUAUAUCAUUAUUUAUCUCCAUUGUUAGUCAACUUGGUCCAAAUUAUUUUCAAUAUGGUUUAACCAGUUUAGAAACAUGCUGUCAUUUAAUGGAUCGUCAAUGGCCAGAGCCCGAACCGGGAAAAACUUUAUUAUUACCUUUAUUAGGUAAUGUUCUUCAAGCACGUAUUCCGACACAUGGUGAUAAACCAUUCUCAUCAUCAGAUCUUAUACAAUUUCGUUCCAUUGUUAAUGAAACAAUGUCAACAACUACUAAUUCGAGUAGUAGUAAUUCAAUUAGAUUUCCUAUUGAUGAUGACACAGAUAUUGAUACCAUAUCAACACAUAAUUCGCAAACCAAACAACCACAACCACAACAACAACAACAACAACAACAACAAAUAUCAACUGCGACUAAAAACUAUUCAUAUACAUCGUUUGAAUUUUUACAAAAGCAUGAACAGCAAUUACCACGUUUAAUUCCAUUUGUGCAUGAUGUUAAUACGUAUCAAUCAUUAUUUUCUGUUUUAACACACAUUCAAUUGUUAUGGGAAUUAAUUUUAUUAAAUGAACCCAUUGCUAUUUUUGGAAGUUUUCCUACCUACUGUUCUCAAACGGUUCAAGCACUUGUUCACAUAAUAUGGCCAUUAAGAUAUGCAUCUGAUUACCGUCCGUUUUUUACUAUCCAUAAUAGUGAAUUUCAAGAGAUUACAUUUAAUUCAUCAAAGAAAUCUUCGAAUAAAAUUUCUUCUUCAUCCACUCUACCAACACAACCAUCGCUAAUCAUCGGCGUAACAAAUCCAUUUUUUUCUAAACUUCUUAAUCGAUGGCCACAUAUAAUCCGUGUUAGUGACAAUAAAGAAGAGCGAUUUAAAUCUAAACAAAAUGAAUAUUUUCUUGGUGUAGAACAUGAAGAUGAUGAUUCACCCGUAAAUGACGUUGAAGAUAAUACAGAUUUAUCAUCAUCACCACAAACACCAAAACAAGCAUCGUUAAAAAAGUUUGCAACUAACACAAAACCAUACAAACAUACACGUUCAAUUAAUAGUAAUUCGUCACAUUUAACAUUCGAUAUAAAACCUGGUUUAUAUACUAAAUAUAAAUCAUAUUUACAACGUGAUAAAACCAUAUUAAAAAAACUUCAAUCGACUAAUUCUCAACAACGUCCUGAUACAGUUCAAAAUGCUUUAAUACGUCGAUUUUUUCUUGAAUUAACACAAAGUUUUAUUAUUCCACUUGAGCGUUAUUUCACAAGUCUUUUACCAUUACGUAAAUAUUAUCAACCAAAUCGUAGACCACCAACAAUAAAAAAUUUUGAUAAUGAAGAUUUUCUUAAAACACUCGAUCAAUAUGGACCACAAUUAACAUCAGGUUUGAAAGGUGAUUGGAAAGAAUUAUAUAAACAUUUUCUAUCAACACCAAACUUUCGUCUUUGGCUAUUAAAUCGGCGACAAGAAGCAAAUGCAAAGAUCUAUUCAUUAUAUAUUGAAACAAUAGCUAAUUGUCGACUUGAACAAGAUUUAAAACUUUCGAAAUUAACUGAAAUCGAAUUAGUUGAUUUGCUCUUAAAAUUCAAUGAUUUAAUUCAACGUUUAGAAUCGAAAACAGAUGAGUUAUUAUUGACAAUCGAUCCAACAGUUACAAAUGAUUAUAUGGAAAAACUAAAAGGAAAAAUUAAAGUAAUCAUUGACGAGAAAUUAUCUGAUGAUAUGAAGAUAUUAUUUGACAAACAAGUUAAAAUAUCUUUAUCGUAA